UAGUGAUGGUGGUAAUUUCGCGAAGAACUUUCAUUCAUUCCCGUUCGUCAUCGCCAUAAACGAGAAUCUCUUCGCGACAAAAGCCAAGCGCUGAGAAAGCUGCAAAUGCUCGCUCAGAGAUUUCGCGCGCAGUGAGAGUCUCAGAGUUUCGCUUUUCCCAUGGCUACGCUCUCUCAUUUUCCCUCAUUACUGUCUCUUUCUUCUCGAAAUCUCUCUUUCCUAGACCAACUGCAAACUCAGAAUCAGCACCCGAAGUUUCACUGUUUCGGCCACCAUCACCACCGUCAUCCAAGAAGAGAUUCUAACGUCUGUACUUGUUCAAUCAGGAAUUCCAGGACUAGUAGAAAGACGAAGAGUAAUGAGGAGCUCUGCAACGACAUUCGCGAGUUCAUUAGAUCGGUCGGACUUCCGGAGGAUCAUAUACCUUCCACAAAGGAGCUUUCGCAGCAUGGAAGGACUGACCUGGCGAAUAUCGUCAGACGAAGGGGUCACAAACUUAUUCGAGAGCUUCUUGUUACUAACUCAACCAAUGCAGUUGAAAGUGAUUGUGAGUUGGGGAACAUUACUCUGACAGGCCAGGAUGGCGAGGCGAAAGAUGUUGUUGAAGACCUUUCUUCACCAAACAAAGUUCUGGUCUUGGAAAAUCUAUCUCAUAGUUCAAAUACCAUCCACACUUUUAGUUUCGAUGACUGCAUUUCGGCUCCUACAACUACAGCCAAUUCAUCAGUGGAGGAGGAGUUGUCUAAUGAUCUUAUAUGCCAUGAUGAAUACAAUGAAUCACAUGGGGAAAAUAAUGAUAACAUGACAGUUGAAGAUGAUACAUCCAUGAAAACUGAAGUCACUGCUUCAGAAGAUUGUUUUACUAGUCCAAAUAUUGGUUUAGGUGUUACGUGUAAUGACUUUGACUACACUGGGGAGCUAACUGAAUAUUCAAAGAAUUUAUUAAUGGAAAAUCCUGAAAAAUCAUUGGAAUGUCAAAUUGAGGUGGUUGUUGAAUCUCCCUCGUCUCCUGAAGUCCUUUCUGGACAGAAUUAUAUGAUAAAUUCUACAGUUGAUGAAUAUCUCGACAUGCAUGACCAUGUUGACAAACCUCUGCUUUUGAUAACUGGUUCCUCCACAAAGGAAGAGGACUUGUAUUAUUCAAAUGAACAGGUCAAGAAAGAAGAUAACAAUGUGGAUGACAUCUCUUUAUCAGCCGAAAUGACUAUCAUAGGUGACCAAUCUAGUGGUUUAAAUAUUGAUAAGGCUCUUGAACAUGGAGAGUCUAGUUACAAGUUGAUAAAAUAUUCGGAGGAGUUAUCCCUAGCAGAGAGGGUGACUAGAUUUAUACAAAAUGGAGAUCUGGAUAUAAUAGAUGAUAAUUUCGAUGCCACAUUAAGCGAGAGUGGCGCUGGAAAAGGCAAUGGUUCCUUUACAGCAGUAAAUGCAGAAGAAUCUGAAAUAAACUUCCAUGCUGAGGCAUUCUCAGAAGACACCACUGCAAGUAGAGGUUCUGUGAUGGCAUCAAAUGGGAGUGCAUCUGAAUUUGAGGACAAUAUGUCUACCACAACUGUUGGUCAAUUAACUAGGGAUGAUCAACCUUCAACUGAAGCUUUGAAUGGUCAAAUUGAAAAGGUGUUUGGUGCUGAGAUAAAAAUAUCUGAGAAUCAAGUUGAGAUUGAGCGUCUCAAAUUUAUGUUGCAUCAGAAGGAGCUGGAACUGUCUCAGCUGAAGGACCAGAUUGAGAGGGACAAGCUUGCUUUGUCUGCUUUGCAAAGCAAGGCUGAGGCAGAGAUCAGCAAGGCCCAAAAACUCAUUUUGGAAAAAGAUACAGAGUUAGUUGCUGCUGAAGAGAGUCUUUCCGGAUUGGAGGAGGUUCACAUUCAUUACGGUGGGGAAGGAGAAAUUGUUGAGGUAGCUGGUAGCUUCAAUGGUUGGCACAAUAGGAUUAAGAUGGAUCCACAGCCAUCGUCCAAUCCUCUGGAUUCCGUUAAUUCAAAGAAACCCAGGCUUUGGUCAACGGUGUUGUGGCUUUAUCCUGGAGUUUAUGAGAUAAAAUUCGUCGUUGAUGGACACUGGAAGAUUGAUCCUCACAGAGAGUCUGUGACCAAGGGAGCAAUAAGUAACAACAUCCUCCGGGUUGGAAGAUGAUAUUAUGAUGGAAAAUGGCAUGAAGUAAUUGGCGUCUUAGAAUUGCUUCCAAUAUGCAGUGACAUUUUCAUUGCUUUAACCUCAGUUAAGAACAAAGUACCACAAAGUCGUGCAUGGUCGACUGGAAUGAGCUCAGAAUCCUACCGGCUUACACGUGGGAGACACGAACCUUGUUUCUUCUGGAGGCUAUUUCUAAUUGUCGGAUGAAUCAGAUGAUUUCUGUAGAAUUCACUUGUAAUAUAAUCAUGUGCUUGUAUAUAGCAGUUACUUUCUAAUACGUCGCAUGAUUUGUUAAGCACAAAUAGGGUAGAAUUCAUGAAUGUUGCCAUCGGUGAGAUGGGCAUAUGAAGGAAUCGACAUCUGCAGCAAUGUUGAUAAACUGCCAGGGACCUAGAUUCUUUGAUUCCCAAUUUUAAAAGAUUACCGAUCUCUAAAAAAAAAAGGAAAAAAGAAAAAAGAAAAAAGAAAAAAGUCUAUUGAGAAGUAAUUUUUUAGUGGUUAUUAGUACUCGCCACAUUCAUGUUA